AUGGAUUGUAAUGGACAAAUUGUCUACAGGUCGCUGUUGACAGGCCGCAAUGGAGAUUACAACAUUUACACGUUGGCCAACAUCAGCAAGUCCCUGCCAUUGCUCUAUACAUUUCCGAGCAAUGAUGAGGUGAUAUUAGUUGAGAGAUUGCUUUCAACUAGUCUGAUAGUUUUUGUGACGGCCAGCCAGCCUUCGAGAUUAGUGUUGCAUCAUUUUAGGAAUCAGAAGGAGUGUUUUGUGGUUUGUUUGGAGGACAGCAUCAGCAUACACAGCAUUCGAGACCUGAGGACCUUGCACGUGAUCAGGGAUGUACCUUUAAACACGCACAUCACCUGCACACUCAGUCCCAACUCUCCGACGAAUUGUUUUGUCGCCUACCCUGCCAGCAAUCACUCCGGGGAGGUGGCCAUCUUCGAUGCAGAGAAUCUUAGGCCCGUGUGGUCCAUCGACGCCCACGACACCGUCAUAGCAGCCAUGGCCUUUUCAUACGAUGGACUCCUAUUGGCUACUGCUUCUGUCAAAGGGACGGUGAUUCGAGUGUUCUCGGUUGCGAGCAGGUCGAAAGUGUUUGAGUUCAGGAGGAGCAUGAAGAGGUGUGCCACUGUGUACUCGUUGGCAUUCAGCAAGGAUGGCAAGUUUUUGUGUUGUUCCAGCAGUACCGAAACUGUUCACAUCUUCAAGAUCGACCUCCAGAAAUUGAACGCAAUGAACCAAGAGGUUCCGUCAAACGAGAAUCAAGGAUGGAUGGAUUAUUUAGGUCAGGCCAUCAAAUCCUCAACGACCUACUUACCGGCGCAAGUCACGGAAGUGUUGAGUCAAGAGAGGGGCUUUGCAGUGGCCCGUCUGCCUUCUUCUUGUAGCAGCUUCACAGCAACUGCUACAGCAUCGUUAUCAUCAUCUCCAGCCAAUACGGCUGCUGUUGCUUCAUCACCAACUGCUGCAGCUGCUUGUAGUGCUGCUGUUGCUGGUGGUGGUGGUAGAAAUGUUUGCGGCAUUACAAGUAUUGAAGGUGGUACGUACGUGAUGAUAGUUCAACAGAACGCUGAAAUGCUGGUUUACAAUGUUGAUGUCGUCAAUGGAGGAGAAUGCAAUAUUGUUGCUCAAUAUAGCUUGAAUAUCUCAGGGAUUCCAUUUCACCACCACCACCAUCUCCCCCCUCCUCCCCCUCCUCUCCAUCAUCAUCAUCAGCCUCCAGUCCCUCGAUCAGUCCAACCGCCACCAUCCUCAUCUGUACCGUCGUCGUUGUCAUCAUCAACUCAGGAACAACCAUCACCAGCACCUCCCUCAUCAUCAUCAUCAUCUUCCAUCGACCAAGAUACCACGCCCACCGACUGUCACUCACCUUUGAACGACCUUGAGUGGAUGAAGGUCAAGAAACUUCCGCGCGCCAACACAUCCCCACAAUGGAGUCCUUGCAGGCGGUCUUAUGCCAGUGUUGUCAACAGCCAGGACAGUGGAGAUAUGCGAGGAGAUGGUGCGUGCAGGAAUGUGCGUGGCGAUGGUGCGUGCAGAGACGGCAGUGGAUGUUGUCGUAGCGGCGAUUGCAGCCCCAUUGAGGUAGCCUCACCAUCCACAUCUUCCUCAUCUGGAUCAUCAUCAUCUUCUGCAUCUUCAUCAUCGUUAGCUUCGUCGUCACUUCAGCCACCAUCUCAAAUUAGAUCUGAUCUGCAGCCACCACAGCGACUGCAGCCAACUAAGCAGCAGCAGCAACAAUUGCAGCCAAAAAAGCAACCACAGCAGCCACAAAACAUUUACUACCAACAACAUCAGAACCAGAUGUUGAAAUUCGAAGGUGAAUUGGUCCUUAGGGAUGCGAUUGUGUCCAUCGAAGACCUCUACAUGGACGCCGAGUGUGGCUGGCUGGAAGACAGUUCCGAGUUUCCUUCCAUCAUCAAAAAAAAGUAA